AUGUCGUAUUCUUACUUAUUCAAGUACAUUAUAAUUGGAGAUACAGGUGUGGGAAAAUCGUGUCUGUUGUUACAAUUCACAGACAAAAGAUUUCAACCAGUUCAUGAUUUGACUAUUGGUGUUGAGUUCGGUGCUCGUAUGAUUAAUAUUGAUGGCAAGCAGAUUAAGUUGCAAAUAUGGGACACAGCGGGGCAAGAAUCUUUCAGAUCAAUCACUAGAUCCUACUAUAGAGGAUCAGCUGGUGCAUUAUUGGUGUAUGACAUUACAAGAAGAGACACUUUUGAACAUCUGACAUCUUGGUUAGAUGAUGCAAGACAACAUUCAAGUUCUAAUAUGGUCAUUAUGUUAAUUGGGAACAAAAGUGAUUUAGAUGCCAAGAGAGAAGUGAAAGUUGAAGAGGGUUUAGCAUUUGCUCAGGAACAUGGACUAGUAUUUAUGGAAACAUCAGCAAAGACUGCAGCAAAUGUAGAAGAGGCAUUUAUAAAUACAGCAAAGGAAAUUUAUAAAAAGAUACAAGAUGGAGUCUUUGAUAUUACCAAUGAGGCGAAUGGUAUCAAGUUAGGUCCUCAACAUCAACCAGGUGGUGGUGGUUAUAAAAAUCAAACUGUGAUCCUAAUAAACCACAAAAUGGAGGUGGCUGUUGGAAAACAGACUCCACCCACUAGUCAGUCUCCACUGCUUGCAUUAUCUGCAAAGUUGUCCUCUGGUUCUCAUUCACCUGCCGAAGUUGUCAAACCAGUAGAAUUGGAACCUAUGGAUAUUUAUGUUGGAUCAGUUACUCCAAUGGAACUUCCAUCUCAUCUAGCUGACCACACCUACUGCAUUUACAACCCAACUAUUGCCUCUAGAUCUCGAUCAAUUCCAGACCGACUAAUAACAAUACCGUCCGAGAGACUCUCCUAUGCACCAGAAGUGCCCGAUUCUCCAAAGACUCUUUUCAAAUUACUGAAAGUGAUGCCAAAAAAGAGUUCAAGUACAAGUACUCACGUCAUAGGAGCAGUAUCAAAG